GAAAAAAAAACAGAGGGAACCUUCCUCUGCGUUCUCUCUCUCUGCAUUUAUGUUCCAAACUUCGGAUUGUAUAUGCUCACAUCCUCAUACACUGCAUUAUUAUUAUAAUACACGUUCUGGAUUCCAGACCCUUUUUAAUCUCUCUCUCUCUCUGAGCUGUGAGAAACUUCAGAUUUUGUCCGUUGCUGUAGCUUCCUUGUUCCCUGGUGAACCUCCAACUACAGAUUUUAGCUCUCCAUAUAAAUUAUACAUUUGGGCUCCUUUGUUACUGCCACUCCAUUCCUUCUAUUCAAGUUUCUGGCUUUCUAGCGGAACCACCGCUGCCUCCUUCGGCUUUUGGGAUCUGGGUUUUCUGCAUAAGACAUGGGGAGCUCGGACGAGAAGGUGGUUGCUGUGAUCAUGGUGGGUGGGCCCACUAAAGGAACUAGAUUCCGGCCAUUGUCACUGAAUAUACCGAAGCCGCUUUUUCCAUUAGCAGGACAACCAAUGGUUCAUCACCCGAUUUCCGCUUGUAAAAGGAUUCCGAACCUCACACAAAUUUUCCUCAUUGGUUUCUACGAGGAGCGUGAAUUUGCGUUAUAUGUGUCUUCAAUCUCUAAUGAGCUUAAAGUCCCUGUUAGAUAUUUGAGGGAAGACAAGCCACAUGGAUCAGCUGGUGGACUUUAUAAUUUCAGAAAUCUGAUCAUGGAAGACAACCCGUCGCACAUUGUCUUGUUGAAUUGUGAUGUUUGCUGCAGUUUUCCGCUUCCAGAAAUGCUUGAGGCUCACAAAAAAUAUGGUGGUAUGGGAACAAUCCUUGUGAUCAAGGUUUCUGCUGAAUCAGCCAGUCAGUUUGGGGAACUGGUAGCUGAUCCGGUCACCAAUGAACUGUUGCAUUACACCGAGAAGCCUGAGACUUUUGUCAGCGACAGGAUAAAUUGCGGUGUCUACAUAUUUAAACCAGACAUUUUUAACACCAUCGAAGGUGUUUCCACUCAGUGGAAGGACAGAGCUGAUUUAAGACGUCUAUCCAGCUUCGAAUCCCUUCAUUCAGCAACAAGGAAUGCUCCCACGCAUUUUGUAAGGCUAGAUCAAGAUAUCCUAUCACCUCUUGCGGGGAAAAAGCAGUUAUACACAUAUGAAACCUUGGACUUCUGGGAACAGAUCAAAACUCCUGGAAUGUCGUUAAGGUGUUCUGGUUUGUAUCUUGCACAAUUUCGAUUCACCGAUCCACAUCUCUUGAUGAGUGGAGAUGGUACAAAGAGUGCCAGUAUUACCGGUGAUGUUUACGUUCAUCCAUCAGCAAAAGUACAUCCAAGUGCUAAGAUUGGUCCCAAUGUCUCAAUAUCUGCAAAUGCUCGCAUAGGAGCUGGUGUGAGGCUCAUAAGUUGCAUCAUCCUUGACAAUGUCGAAAUAAAGGAAAACGCAGUUGUUAUUCAUGCAAUUGUUGGAUGGAAAUCUUCAAUCGGGAGAUGGUCUCGUGUCCAGGCUACUGGGGAUUACAAUUCAAAGCUCGGAAUCACGAUCCUUGGUGAAGCAGUGACAGUUGAAGAUGAAGUGGUGGUUAUAAACAGCAUUGUCCUGCCCCAUAAGACUCUCAACGUCAGCGUUCAGGAAGAAAUCAUCCUUUAAUUGCUGCUUUUCUGCGUCAUUGCUGUUAUUCAAAUUUCUCUUUUGUAAAUUAACAUCUUGCUAUUUGCUAAUAAAUAAAUAAAUAUAUAUGUAUAAUAAAAAGAUGAAUUAAUU